AUGGCGGAUUCGCAGGGUGUUGGAGAGGAGCCCCGAGCCGGCGAAGGGGCCGAAUCUAUACGGAACUGGCAAGACUUCAUAGAGCGGUGUCUAAUCACACGCCUCGACAACGAGACAUUUGAGAGGUUCGUUCCGUUACACCAUGCCAAGUACCCGUUACCGCCUCGCGCCCUCGCCGAGCUCUUCCUGCGACCGCAGAAGAACAACCACGAUGUUCUCGAUCCCCGAAUCCCCCAAUACAUGCAAAUACUCCUCGCGCACCACUACAUCGAUGCGCUGUCUAUCCUGCUGGCCAUGUACAAAUAUUCGACGUCGCACAAGCAGAUCCAAGACGUCACGGGAGCGGGCGAAAACGACGAGGCGGGCGGCGGCGGCGGGGGCGGCGAAGAGCAGGCACAGCAGCCUCUGAGAUGGGGCAACUCGUACGCCACCGAAGAGCACAUAUUCUACCGCCUCACGCGGUCCGUGUCGCACGGCACCGGCAUCCACGACUCGUGGGACGCGCUGCGCAUCGCGAGGAUCAUGGCCAAGUGGAUGGAGCUCUUCACGGCGACGGCGGGUGCCUUCGCUGCCGACAUGGUGAACCAGCAGAUGCAGACGGCCGAGGAGCGCGACCGGGCCGAGAGGGGGCGCAGGAAGCAGCUGCCACGCGUCGACGAGAUGGAGUCGGCCCGCGCCGGCUUCGUCAUGCUGCUGCUGGGGGUGUGCGAGAGCAAGCCCGUCCUCGCCGCGCUGGGAAAGCCGUACGCAAAGACGGCCCGCAAGGAGCUGUCGGACGCCCUGGGAAACUUUGUCCCGACCAUCAUGCAGAGCGCCGAGCAGAUCUCGCAGCGGCUCGUCCAGUUCCGCACCGAGACCCUGGCUGGGUUCGAGCCUGUCGAUAAGGCCAAGGCGGCCGCCAACGCUGACAUGGACGAUUUCCUCGACUCCACUAUGGGUCUCGACAGCUUGGUCGUUCCAGAGAUACCCAUCAGCAACACGCGGGCCGGCUUAUAUGUUUAUUUGAACGCGCUUGUGAGUCAGAAGGACAACUGGGUCUUGCGUGUCUGGGUUCGGUGUCGAAUGCUAACAUGGUAUCAGCUGGUUGGCCGUCCACUGAUGGAUGACGCGGCCAUAUUCAACUACUUACACAACCGAUAUCAGGGCGAUUUGCAACAAACUGCAGUAGACCUCAUACUGGUUUCUUUCGACGUCGUUGCGAAUGCAGCUUCCGUCAGGCAAUCUCCCAAGGCCGCGCAUGUUUUAAGAUCAUAUCUCACGAACAAGGUCCCUCUUCUGCUGGCCUCCCUGGCUGCCUCGGGGUCCGGGCUUUAUCCCUUUAAUGCGGCCGCUUGCGUAGAGCAUGCAACGCGCCAAGUCAGCUCGGCUACCUUUCCAAACAUGUCGGACUACAUCUCGAGCCGCAGCGGCAACACGCUCACGGAGGGCACUCGCGAGGACUUUUUGUUCGCCUGCUGCCUCCACGGGCUUAUUCAAGAGUCUCAGAUCGAGCCGAUUCUCAACGAGACGUGCUACAACUCGCUGCCGACCGAGGGCCGUCUCGUAAAAGAAGCCCUGGUGCAGGAGUGUCUUGCUGACCCGGAAAGAGCAGUGCAGCUGGUGAAAGACAUUGAAAAAUGCAACGGAAACGUCGGGGCUAUCUGUGUAGCACUGACUGAGGUUCUCGGACAAUUGUGUACAAUGAGAGAAACAAUGACUCUCAAGACGCUCUGUGGCCAGCUGGCGCGUGACCCAGUAUAUCUAGAUGUGUUGCUUCUGUUCAACAAGCUUUCGGCGAUCAUCUAUCCACUUUGUGACCUGUUAGACAAUUGGAAGCACGACGAAGACCAGGGUGAGGCGCAGCCAUUUUACGAAGAGUUUGGCUCCAUGUUGCUUCUGCUUCUUGCUCUGGUCAACCGCUACAACCUCACGGCCGCGGAUCUGGGCGCUCGGUCACCCGACUCGUUCGUCGCGAAGCUCAUUGGCAAGGGUCGACUCUUUCGACCGCUCGAUGAACUUUCCCCCGAGGAGAAUGGGCAUCUUGACAAAUGGAUCCACGGUCUCUUUGACAGUGAUGCCGGUGGCCUUGGUGAUGAGCUCAUGUCAUCUUGUCCACCGCAGGAGUUCUACCUCUUGAUCCCAACGCUUUUUUACAACAUAGUGCUUGCAGUCAGCACGGGAUCGCUCUCUGAGGAUAGUCUCAGAUGCGGCGUUGAAUACCUCGUCGACACAUUUCUCCUUCCCUCUCUUGUGCCAGCGGUGACGUACUUGUCAAACCACCUCUGGCUUGAUAAUCACCCGCCUGAACAAAAAGCAAUCAUCAAAAUACUUCAACUCAUCCUUCAACCCAGCUCAAUAUCAUCCGAGGCAUCCACAGUGCUUUCGUCGGUUUUGAGCAUAGUAGCAAAACCGCUUGAUCAAGCGCUGCGUGCCUACCAACGCCGGGACCCUCGCAACCAAGAGAUUGAGCCGCUGCUCCGUAUUCUCAAGGAGCACGUACCGCUCUCUCGUCGAACCGGUGCUGCCGAGAACAGCGAACUGGAGGCAUGGACUAGCACUCCAAACGGCGGUCUCUCCCAGGCCGUCCGAAACACCAUCAGAGGCUUCAUCUCCUGGGGUCUGCAACCGGCAGGGACGGAAUCCACGCCUACGGCCUACACGCACCGCCAGCUGUUGGCCGCCACACGCAUCCUGGGUGCAAAACAAACCGUCCGUCUCAUUCUGGACGAACUAAAGGAGCAGGUCCAGGCCGGAAACCAGAGUGUCGCCUACGACGUCUGCUGUGCCAUAAUAUGCGCCCCCAACGUGGCAACCGACGAUGUCGACCCGUCAUCGCAGGUGAACCUGCUCGAUGCCACCGCUCAGGCACACGGCCCGCAGCAGCGCCCCAUGUCGCUGCGGCAGGCGCUCAGAGCAGCCGCCGAGGACUGGAAGAGGAUCCACAAGGACGACCCGGUCGCGUUUGAGAUUGUCGUCCGGCUGCACCGCCGCGUCGAGGCCCAACUUGCUGUUUCCGUGUCGGCGGCGGCGGCGGCAGCGGCGGAGGCGGUACUUCAGGGCGACGGUGGCAACAUGCUUGACGAUGCCAUGGCAGCGGCGGGCGUUGUGGACGGAGAUGCGGCCGCGGCCAUGGCCCUCGACGCGGCCACUGUCGGCCUAGACAUGGGCGGCGGCGGUGGCGCGGGCGACCUCGGGCUGGGUGGCUCAACGGCCAACUCGGUCGGAGGCCUGGACCUCAACGACCAAGACGUCUUUGGGGGGCUGGGGCCACUGAACGGAUGGGACGAUAUGGACCUGGCCUAG